AUGAAAACAACUCUGCUUCUCUCCGCGGCCUCUCUGGCCACGGCGUUCGUGAUCCCGGGGAAUGAUCAGCAACUUCUGUCUGCCUUCACUACGGAUGAGGCCUCUACGACUGCCGUGCAGCGAUUGCCAUCGGAAGAGCAAGGCCAUCACGGCGCCGAGGAACACCGUCACGGCGAUGCAGACAAGGGGGAAAAAGUGAAGGCGAUGUUCGCCGGUGAUGUCCAUGCUCACGACCAAGGUGACCAUGUUUCCGGUAAAUGGCACCGUGCCGCUGGCUUGGCAGAUGGAUUGCAGAGAUUUGUUGCUCAUUUCGAGCAUUUGGAGAACCUGGAACACAUGGACAGGCUGUCUCUGGAUGGUGAGGAUGAUGGGCAUUUUGGUCAUGGAACGGAGCCGAAGGAGGGCAAGUUUGGUAAGGACAAGCAUGGCAAGGACAAGCAUGGCAAGAAGGGCGAGAAGGAUCACAAGUUCAAGGGAAAACACCAUGAAAAGGGCCACCACCAUGAAGAUGAGGAGUUCCACCACGGAGGUGAGCAUCCUCCGUUCAAGGGAGAGCACCAUGAUGAGGAGCGUCACGAACAUUUUGAACACUUUGAACAAUUUGGACACCACGAUCUUGAUGUAUUCGACUUCCCACCAUGCCCUCAUGCCCGACCAAGCCAUCCGCCUGGAUUCUUGGACAAGGUCAUGGGACAUGUGAAGCAUAUCUUCGGCUACUCUGCUCCUGAGCCCGAGAGGCCUAUGCACCAUGCCGGUCACCACCACGAAAUCAACCAAACCAUCUACGAACUCAUCUCCGGCAGCAACCACACCCGCAUCUUCACGCACAUCGUCAACCAAUACGACGAUGUAGUCAGCUACCUCAACUCAACCCAAGCCAAUUACACCGUCUUUGUGCCCGUAGACAAGGCAUUUGAGCAUAUCCACGACCACAACCGCAACUUCAGCAAGGAAGCUGUUGUCAAAUGGCUUGAAUAUCACAUCUCGCCCGAAGUCUUCACUCUGCAUGACCUUUUGGAUGUCCAGACUCUGCCCACCUUCAGACUGGAAGAGAAUGACAACAAAUACCCCCAGCGUAUCAGCACUUCGUUUGGUCCCAAGGGGUUGACCUUGAACUUCCACUCGCAUGUCUUCCGUCCUGACAUCCACGCUACAAACGGCGUCAUCCACGCCAUUGACAAGCUUCUAAUCCCAGCCCUAUCAGCCCAGACGACCAUCGAACUAGUCCCCUCAAUUUUCAGCACUUUGAAUCUUGCUUUAAUCAAAACGGGACUGAUUGACAGUGUUGAUCUCAAGGAACUUAGGGCUGGUGGUACCCUCUUUGCUCCCACAAACAAAGCCUUUGCCAAAUUGCCACCGCAAGUCAAUGCAUUCCUUUUCAGCCGCGCUGGUGAGAAGUAUCUCAAGGCUCUGCUGAAAUACCACAUUGUCCCGGGACACACUCUUUUCACGGAUGCAUACUACCAGCCCAAGACUGAUGAUGCUGUUAACGAUGAUGCCAUCAUUACUAAGGACCAUUUUGAGCUUCCCACUCUUCUCGAUUCCAAACCAGUCAGCGUCGAUGUCCGCCACUUCCAUCGUCUAACCCUAAUGACUGUCAACGAGCACAUUCCAGUGUCCGUAGCUAAUGUCCCUGUUAAGGAGGGGGUGAUUCAUCUUGUUUCUUCCGUUCUGAUCCCACCUCAUCCUGAGGAUGCUGUUGCCCCUGCUGCCCUUGACGACAGAGAGCAAAUGGAACGUGAACACGAACACGAGCAUCGCCACAAGCAUGGACUCAGUGUUCGUGAAUUGAUGCAGAGACUCGAGCCUCUUCUUGAGUAA